AAUCUGAUAGACUAUAGAGAUUCUUCGUGGAGUUGGCUCUGCUGUCCUCUAACACGAUCGAAUUGCCGUUUUGGGAUGUCCGACAACCCUACCGUACAUACAUCAGACUAAAAGUCCAUACGGAUUGUGAUACCAUCAUGGCUCCUACUGGCCCCUUUAGGCUCGUCACCGUCAAUACGGCGCCUGAACGUGCCAAGAGGUUGAUUGGCCGCGUUGUUGAGGACGUCAAGGACCGGUACACCAUCAUCCAUGCUGCCAAUGCCGCAAGCAUUGACGAAGUGCGGAAGACUGUCGAGGAAGCACAACCAAAUGUCUUGUUUACCGCCUCAAUGUGGACGGCCGAGGAAGCCCAGCAAAUUGUUGCCAUCGCUAAGGAGAUUGUGCCCGACGUGAAGACAUUCUCGCUGCCGCAGGGCCUGCAGGUGGAAAAGGGGCCGGAUGCGGUGGUGGAAUAUAUCAAGGAGCAUCUUCCCGACCUGCUGGAGUAGAGUUGACGGCCAUGCCAAAAGAGACAGAGAAGUUGAAGUCAACAGAGGUGCAAUGCAAAACCAGGAAUAACUGCACCCUGUUCCGGGCCGUGCUUCUAUGGCGGACAUAUCCGGUGCCAUCAUCUAG